AUGUUAUCUGCCUCAAUCAUCGCUUUAUGGCUUUCCUUCAAGAUGCUGCGGACGUACGUGCGCAAUACGUACACGCACCACUUGUCGGAGAUCUUCUCCACGGUGGUGAACGAGUACACGGACUGGGAGCGCACGGCCCUGCACCCCAUCAACACGCGCGACGCGACCGUGGCGGCGCUGAGCGACGCGCAGUUCGUGGCGCCGCUGGUGCAGACGGGCGACGCCAUCUACCGCGUCGGCCCUGCCUCGCCGUCGGCCUCCAACGCCGGCCCGGCCGGCGGGCCCGUGGCGCCCAUCGCGAGCUCGGGCGGCAUGGGUGCCAUCCUGCGCACGGACGGCACGGGGCCCUUCUUCUACGUGUUCGACUACCAGACCAAGGAGGGCGACUACCCGCAGGAAUACCUUAGAACCAUAAAAGGCACCUUGACAUAUUUUUUUCCGAAUUAA